ACAGCUUCACUUCCAACUCCACUUCCAACUUCAAUCCACUUCACUCAAGACCACCGUCUUCAAACAAACCAACCUUCAAAAUGCAGUUCUCCACCAUCUUCCUCUCCGCCGUCGCCCUCUUCGGCUCCAUCGCCCUGGCUGCCCCGCCCCCGUUGCCGAGGCUGCUCCCGCCCCCGUUGCUGAGGCCGAGGCCGAGCCCGGUGUCAUCCUGGCGCGCUCCUCCUGCCAGGCCGGCAGCAUCUUCGGUGCUGGCGAUGCCGCCUGCAGCGCUUCUUGCAUUGCCCAGGGCGAGGGUUUCCACGGCGGCUACUGCUCCAAGAAGGCCGUCUGCCACUGCACUCACUAAGCUGGUGCUUGCUUGCGCCUGAUUUCUUACUAGAAGUGGGAUGAAGGGAGUGUCUUUUACCUUCUUGAUUUGUCUUGGUUAUUCCUCUCGAGAGUUGAAUUUGUCUUUUCUUAGUCUUGUUUGUCUUUUGAAUAC